UGUCAGUGUCACUUGUCACUCUUGAAGUAGUUAAAUUAGUUUAGGGUUAGGAUCGUCACAAACAGAACUAAAAUUUGAAAUUUCCUCAUAUGAAAUUAUGAAAUAUGAUUUCAUAAUUCAAGUGGCCUUUGAAGUGGUUCGUGAAAUGAUAAUAAUAUCCUGUGAUUCGACAUUCAACCACUCCAACUCGUAGAUCAUAAGCAAGGCAAAAGUUGAUAGUCAUCAUGCCGUAUUUGCGUUUAGAAACUAAUGUUCCUCAAGAAAAAAUCCCCAUCGACCUAUCAGCAAAAUUGAGUGAAUUACUGUCAAAAUCCUUGGGAAAGCCAUUAAAUUUUUGCUGUGCUUCAGUGACUGGAGGUGUCAAUAUGUCUUGGGGAGGCACUAAUGAUCCAGCUGCACAAGCUACAUUGAUGAGUAUUGGGGCCCUAGGAGUAGAAGAAAACAAGAGGCAUUCUAAGGCACUCACUGAUUGCAUCACUCAAGCCCUUGGGAUUGAUGCAGACAGGAUGUAUAUUAGUUUUGAUGACAAGAAGGCAAGUGAUGUGGGAUACAGGAAAACAACUUUCCAUGAAAUAUUUGGUUCCAAGUGAUAUAUUUGUGAUUAUUUUAAAUCUUAUUUUACUGUGUAUUAUAAUAUUUUUAACAUGCCAACAAUAAAAUAUUAAAUUAGGAAUUAUUUCACCCUGGGUUUGUUGUAAUAGUGAUCAUUUAGAGAUAGAUAA